ACUACUGCGCUUGCGCAAAUGUGUCAUUAUCGUGAUCAAUUUUCUGGACGACAUCGGUCCAUCAUCGGCAUUAAAAAUAUCUAAGAAGUUCACAGUACAGUCUUAAAUUUCUUCCGAACAGAGUAUUUGAUAUUACGGUUAAUCUAACAUAUCAACAGCCCAAUCAUGUUUAGCGGAGGUUACAGUGCAACAAAGAUGAAAACCAACCUGAAGCUGAGUGUCAACAGAUUAAAGCUUUUGGAGAAAAAGAAGACUGAACAGGCUCAGAAGGCAAGGAAAGAAGUGGCAGAUUAUCUUGCCAAUGGUAAAGAUGAAAGAGCAAGAAUAAGGGUGGAGCAUAUUAUCAGGGAGGACUACCUGGUAGAGGCCAUGGAGCUUGUCGAACUCUACUGUGAUCUCCUCCUAGCUCGGUUUGGCCUCAUCAAUUCCAUGAAGACAGUUGAUGAAUCCCUCCAGGAAUCCAUUGCCAGUGUGAUCUGGGUGGCUCCUCGCUUGUCCCAGGAUGUCACAGAAUUGAAAGUGAUAGCAGGACAGUUGAGAGGUAAAUAUGGCAAGGAAUUCUUUGACAUUUGCGUUGCUGACAGAGAAGAUUGGGUCAACAGCAGGUUGAAGCAUAAGAUGAGUGUGAAAGCACCUGCCCAGACCCUUGUUGAGAACUACUUGAUUGAGAUUGCAAGAAGUCACAACAUACCAUAUGUCCCAAACCCAGUUGCUUUCAAUGGUGAUGAUGUUGAGCAAAUGUUGAUUAAUAUGGAUGAUGAGUUCAAGCCUGGGUCAGGUCCCCCAGCUGGCCCCAGCGGAGGUGGUGGAGGGGGCGGAGGAAUGACUACUGCCCCCAUACCCACCGCCCCUCUACCACAGGCACAGGCACCGUACCCACCUGCAGUUAACCCUGGGAUGGCCUACCCUCCUCAGAAUAACCGGGGUGGUCCUCCACCCCUCCCUAGUAAACCCCCAGUGGGGGGCGUACCUAAUGGACCGCAACAGCCAAUGGGUGCAGCAGGGGGCUACCAACCAACACCCAAUCCUCUCCCACACAAUGUGCCUGCACCACCAUAUGAGCUCCAUGACAGCAACCCAACUCCAUAUCCUCCACCUGCAGCUACCAACACCCCUACCCAGCCCCCAGUCCAGCCCCCAGCUCAGCCCCCUAAUGCCCAGCUUCCCAGUGAUAGCAUACCCAACCUCCCAGCUGUACCGGUCAACUCAUUCCCACCCCUCGAUGCCACUGUCGGUGGUAAGUCUGCUGGAGGGGAAGACGUGGACUUUGACGAUCUCACCAGAAGGUUUGAAGAACUCAAAAAGAAGAAAUAAAUUAUUCAUUUUAGUCUUGUACUCUAUUUUCUUAAUGUAUAUUAUUUAAUUCUCUACCAAUAUAUGUAUUUUAAUCUUAUAGAUGCUUCUCUAAAUAAAAGUUAAAAAAAAUAUAUAAUUGUAAUUGUAACAUAUGGAAAUAGGAAGGCUAUAGUGAAUCUGUGAAUGAAGAAAUCUUUCUGAAUGUCACAGAGUUAAUGGAAGAUAAAUAUGUACAUUUUAUGCAGCUUGUAAGGAUGAUAUAUAUGUAUAUUUGCUGAAAUGUUUUUUGGCUCUGUGUUUCCUAAAAAGUUAACACUAUUACACGUUACCUUAAGAACAAUCGUAGUAAUAAGUAAUUUCUAAUAUCAAAUCAUUACAUUAAUACAUCCUGAUGCCGUUUUAGAGCAAAAAUCUUAUAGAAAGAAGAGAUUGAUACAUUUAUAAUAAUUGUCUUGGCAUUCUUUGCUGCAAGAAAAUAAUGACAGUAAUUGCAUUGAGACAUAUUAUUUAGUCAUUUCUGUGAAUAUUUUGAUUUUUCUUUUUAUUUAUGAAAUGAGUUAUCCUAUACUCAAUUCAAUCAUAAUUUUACAGAAAUGAAUAAGAUGACAUAAAAAAAAGAAUGGUGGAAGAAUGCUGAAGAUGUUUUGUUUUAUAUAGAAUUGUAAUGUAUAUUACAAUUGAUCGUUAACCCCCUUUCAUCAUAUUAAUGGAAAAUGCCACCCAAAUAUGUGAAUGAGGUAUGCUUGGGCCCUGAAUGUCUUUGAAAUCUCGUCAUACAGAAAGCUAGAUGUUUUUGACAUAAUGUUUAUUUCAUAGCAAUGUAUUUAUUGCCAUUUUAUCCAGGAUUUUUUUCCAACAUAAUUUCCACUUCUCGAUGGUUUAUUGUUGUCAGUGGCCAGUGGCAUAGAAUGAAUUUCAUCAAUCAAAGUAGUUCUUAGAGAAGAACAAUAUAUUUAUAUUUUACCUUCAUUGAAAGUGAAUUC